AUGUCCACCACGGCAUCAAUUUCACGAGCUCCAAGAAUCCCAGAAGACGAAUGGGAUGAGCAUCGCUCUGCCAUUGAAGGCCUGUAUCAGGAUCUCGAACUCCAAGAUGUGAUCCUGCUGAUGGAGAGUGACUAUGGUUUCCAUGCCACAGACAAACAGUACAAGCGGCAGCUCGCCAAACGGGGGAUAUGGAAAAACUUCACCUCAAAAGAGCCGAAUGCGGUCACCAACGGCCCCAGUGGAAAUGCCAUCGUCCGCGGCGUCCAAGUUCCCAAGGGCAGGAUCGAGAGAUACGCCCGCAGAUAG